GGGAGGCGGAGGGGAGGAGGGCUGCGGGGCUGGGGCGUUAGCUGCGUCCCGGCUGGGAGCCCGCGAAGAGGACAAGGAGGAAGGCGCCUCUGUGGCCGCGGCCGCAGUGCUCCGGGCGCGACGAGCAAUGAGCGGCAGCCCCGCGGGCGACCCCCCAGUCGCUGGCCGCUGCUGAGCGCGACCCAGAGACAGCUCGCCGCUCCCCAGCACCCUCUCCAGCCGGCACCCUCGCGCCCAGAGAAACAUGAUUCCUGUGACAGAGUUCCGGCAGUUCUCCGAGCAGCAGCCUGCCUUCCGGGUGCUGAAGCCAUGGUGGGACGUGUUUACUGACUACCUCUCGGUGGCCAUGCUGAUGAUCGGCGUGUUUGGAUGCACUUUACAGGUCAUGCAAGACAAGAUAAUCUGCCUCCCGAAAAGAGUGCAGCCUGCUCAGAACCACUCUUCCAUUUCGAACGUGUCUCAAGCAGUUGCCAGUACCACCCCACUGCCUCCACCUAAACCGUCUCCUACUAACCCCGUCACUGUGGAAAUGAAAGGACUGAAGACAGAUUUGGACCUUCAACAGUACAGUUUUAUAAACCAGAUGUGUUACGAGCGAGCCCUCCACUGGUAUGCCAAGUACUUCCCUUACCUUGUUCUCAUCCAUACCUUGGUCUUCAUGCUCUGCAGUAACUUUUGGUUUAAAUUCCCUGGUUCCAGCUCCAAAAUAGAACACUUCAUCUCCAUCCUGGGGAAGUGUUUUGACUCUCCUUGGACCACACGGGCUUUAUCUGAAGUGUCCGGGGAGGACUCAGAAGAAAAGGACAAUAGGAAGAACAACAUGAGCAAGUCCAACACCAUCCAGUCUGGUCCAGAAGGCAGCCUAGUCAACUCUCAGUCUCUAAAGUCAAUUCCUGAGAAGUUUGUGGUUGACAAAUCCACUGCGGGGGCUCUGGAUAAAAAGGAAGGUGAGCAAGCAAAGGCCUUAUUUGAGAAGGUGAAGAAGUUCAGGCUGCAUGUAGAAGAAGGUGAUAUUCUAUAUGCCAUGUAUGUUCGACAGACUGUACUUAAGGUUAUCAAAUUCCUAAUCAUUAUUGCAUACAAUAGUGCUCUGGUUCCUGAAGUCCAAUUUACAGUGGACUGUAAUGUUGACAUUCAGGACAUGACUGGAUAUAAAAACUUUUCCUGCAAUCAUACCAUGGCACAUUUGUUCUCAAAACUCUCAUUUUGCUACCUGUGCUUUGUGAGUAUCUAUGGAUUGACGUGCCUUUAUACCUUGUACUGGCUGUUCUACCGUUCUCUAAGGGAAUAUUCUUUUGAGUAUGUCCGGCAGGAGACUGGGAUUGAUGAUAUUCCAGAUGUGAAAAAUGACUUUGCUUUUAUGCUUCAUAUGAUAGAUCAAUAUGACCCUCUCUAUUCCAAGAGAUUUGCAGUGUUCCUAUCUGAAGUCAGUGAAAAUAAAUUAAAGCAGCUGAACUUAAAUAAUGAGUGGACUCCUGAUAAACUGAGGCAGAAGCUACAGACAAAUGCCCAUAAUCGACUGGAAUUGCCUCUUAUCAUGCUCUCUGGCCUUCCAGACACUGUUUUUGAAAUCACAGAGUUGCAGUCUCUAAAACUUGAAAUCAUUAAGAACGUAAUGAUACCAGCCACCAUCGCGCAACUAGACAAUCUCCAAGAGCUCUCCCUACACCAGUGCUCUGUCAAAAUCCACAGUGCAGCUCUCUCUUUCCUGAAGGAAAACCUCAAAGUCUUGAGCGUCAAGUUUGAUGACAUGAGGGAGCUGCCCCCCUGGAUGUACGGACUGCGGAAUCUGGAAGAGCUCUACUUGGUUGGCUCUCUGAGUCAUGACAUUUCCAAAAACAUCACCCUUGAGUCUCUGCGGGAUCUCAAAAGCCUUAAAAUUCUUUCUAUCAAAAGCAACGUUUCCAAAAUCCCUCAGGCAGUGGUUGAUGUUUCCAGCCAUCUCCAGAAGAUGUGCAUACAUAAUGAUGGCACCAAGCUGGUUAUGCUCAACAACUUAAAGAAAAUGACCAAUCUGACAGAGCUGGAACUGGUCCACUGUGACCUGGAGCGCAUUCCUCACGCUGUUUUUAGCCUGCUCAGCCUCCAGGAAUUGGACCUGAAGGAAAACAAUCUGAAAUCUAUAGAAGAAAUUGUUAGCUUUCAGCACUUGAGGAAGUUGACAGUGCUAAAACUGUGGCAUAACAGCAUCACCUACAUCCCAGAGCAUAUAAAGAAACUCACCAGCCUGGAACGUCUGUCCUUUAGUCAUAAUAAAAUAGAGGUGCUGCCUUCCCACCUCUUCCUAUGCAACAAGAUCCGCUACUUGGACUUAUCCUACAAUGACAUUCGAUUUAUCCCACCUGAAAUCGGAGUUCUACAAAGUUUACAGUAUUUUUCCAUCACUUGUAACAAAGUGGAAAGCCUUCCUGAUGAACUCUACUUCUGCAAGAAACUUAAAACUCUGAAGAUUGGGAAAAACAGCCUAUCUGUACUUUCACCGAAAAUUGGAAAUUUACUAUCUCUUUCCUACUUGGAUGUAAAAGGCAAUCACUUUGAAAUCCUCCCUCCUGAACUGGGCGACUGUCGGGCUCUGAAGAGAGCUGGUUUAGUUGUGGAAGACGCCCUGUUUGAAACUCUGCCUUCUGACGUCCGGGAGCAAAUGAAAACAGAAUAACUUAUUUUUCGUUAAAGUUUGACUGAAACACGCUUCUACCAAAUACAGUAUGAAUAAUUAGGUAGUCUUAAUGCCUUUCCUAUUUUAUUUUUAUUUUUUUUCUUUUUCACACAAAACAAAAUGUACACAAAGAUUGAGUAAGGAGUAUGUAUAUUUUAAUAAAAAUUUAAUUGUAUUUUUUCAAUAUUAAUAUUUUAAAGUUUUAUUUGUCUUGGAACCUAAUGUAUCUAUUAUUGUUUUCUACUGAUAGAAACAGACGGUUCCAUCUGUUUUUAGUUUUUGUUUGUUUUUCAGUUCAUUCUUGUGAAAGGGAGGGAAUUAUAAGUUGCAUGCUUUUGGCAUUUUUUUUAAAUAGAGGGAGAUAUUUUGCCAGGGUCAUUUUUAGCUUGUUUACACCUGUGUAGGGUCCUCAUUUUUGUGUUUUCAUUGUGUGUAUACCAAGGAAUCUGUGCUAGUUGUUUUAAUACCAGCUGCCUUCUUUACUGGCCAAGUCCUUCAUUCUAUAAAAAACACUUCUCUGGAGUAUAACUUCACAUAAGUGCAUUGUCACAGAGUAUUAUUUCUGAAUUUUCCCCGUGCCUCCAACAGAACCGUAAAUUGUGUCAUAUCAUAUACCUGACAUCUAUAGUUAUCCUUUAGGCAAGGCUUUUGUAAUUGGGUGAAGAAAGUAAUCUUUAGUGGUUGGCAUGCUAGAAUUGGUCAUUUAUAAUUUAACUGAUUAGCAUUUUUACCAAUAUUUUUUAAAUAUUUCAAAACUAAACACAGAGGCCCUCCCCUCCCCUUAAUCUCAAUACUGCUAUGUGGUACUGGUGCAUGACCUUAGAGAACUUAGAUUUAUUUUAAUAUUCCAGCAGGUAAUUAAAUUUAAAAAUCAUAGAAUUAGAAGCCUGUUUUUGAGUAAUUUAAUCAUAUUUGAUAUCUUGAUAUGUGGAUGCAUCAGAUGGAAAAAAUUUCACUACUAAAGUGCCCUGUCAAAGAGCUGGUGUGCUCCAGUGGGGCCCUCUCCCUUGCUCAGGGCACUAGGGCAGUGUUAAUCUAUUCAAAUUCUGCCUGCUGCACAAAAUAAUACACUUACGUAUACAGUCAGCCCUCAUAUCCAUGGGUUCCCCAUAUGGGGAGUCCACUAACUAUGGAUCAAAAAUAUUCUAAGAGAAAAUUUACGUCUGUACUGAACGUGUGCAGACUUUCUUAUCUUUUUAUUAUUCCCUAAAUACUGCAAUGUAACAAUUAUUUGCAUAGCAUUUACAUUGCACUAGGUAUUAUAAGCAAUCUAGAGAUGAUUUAAAGUAUACGAGAGGAUAUGCGUAGGUUAUAUGCAAAUACUACACCAUUUUGUUAUCAGUGGCUUGAGCAUCCUCAGAUUUUGGUGUCUGAGAAGGUCCUGGAACCAAUUCCCCAGGGAUACUGAGGAACAACUGUAUAUUAAUUGGUUUCCGUCAAGCCUGCCCUUGCUGUGAAUGCUAGUGGUUCAAGCACAGGUACUCUAUCUGCUAUCUGGCUUAACACACAUAUCUCAUCUAAAAUGGCUCUGUUAAGUUUUUUUUUUAAGUGUGAAUAAAUUGCUAAGUCAUGUUACAUAGCAAUAAUUUUUGCCUGAUUGUUAGCAGAGCUUUUACUUACCUGUGUACUUAAAAUCCAACAUAGUAUGGGCUCUUGGGCAAAAUAUUUCACUGACUAUUAGAACAGGAAAAAUGAAAUACACUACUUGUGCCCUCUAUCCAGGACCAGCGCUACUGAUUAUAGGAAGGUUGUUUUAUGUACCAAAUUCACAGGGACCAUUUUCUGAGCCCUAGACUGAUCUAAGAAAGUUCUGUGUGACUUAACAAUGAAAGAAAGUAGGAAGACAAUUUGGGAUUUCAAAGUGCUGUUUUUAAGAAUUGUUCCCUGAACCUGGUAAAUUUGCCCAGUGCUACUUUGAGUCAUAUACAGAAAUCAACUAUGGGAACUGUGUGCCUCAAUUUUGUUUUAAGUUUUAAGAUACAUAAUGGAGUGAAGGAUUAUGGAAAGAGCUGCUUUUCAUUUGUUUCUUAAUAUAAUCUAAUCAUAUAAACCAAAGUACUUCACAGUUUCUGCACUAUGUUAAAGUUUUAGAAUGAUGAUUUUGUAUAGCUGAUUUAUUUAGACCUGCAACUGAAAUAAUGUUUGAAAGAGUGUCAUGGUUAUAGUUCUUAUAUGAUAAAAUAUUUAAUUCCAGAAUAUUGCUGGGAUCCUGAGUAUGAACAAUGGGUUGUAUUUAGAAACGUAGCCCUGUUUUAAACAAUUUGUUGGCAGAUCACCAUGUUUGAGCAUGGCAGAAAUAUUUAAUACCCUGUUGAAAGGUGAGCUUAGAUAACUGCUGGAAACACACUGGGUGCACUAUUUUUCUGGAUAAAAUUUAUAGUUAUUUUCUAUUUCACCCUUCAAAUGGGAUCUAUUCAGGUUAAAAAUUAUAUUUAUGCUGAAGUCUUUAUCUGGUGUUAACUAAUAAUCUCAUAUGGGCUCAUAACUGAAAUAAAUCACUAAUAAUUCAUUUUUAUCACUUAUAACAAUUUGCUCAAAAUUACAAAAGAAUUUGAUUUGUUUUUUAAUGAUUUUGCAGGCUGACCCCAACCUCAGUUUUGAUAACAUCCAGUAAAUCAGUAUAGUUUUAUGACUUUAUGUUUUAACUAAGAAGGAAAAUCAUAGAUGUUCUUAUUAGGUUUUAUAAAAAUUUGAAAGUCUCAAACUUAACUUUGAGUCUGCAUUUUCUGACUCUGGCCCUUUUUAAUAUUGUAAGUUUUUGUUCACUUUGGUAAGUAAAAAGCAUUCAAUUACUAUUUAGCCUUUAAAUGGGAAACUCAGGUAAAUGAACUUCUGACUUUUCUAAAGUUCUUUAACUGAUCAACUCAGAGUAGAGGGGUAAUUACCUAAUCACUUUCUGUAUUUUAUAAGCACUCUUGCUAAAAAGGAACAACUAGCUCUAUUUCUCUAAUCUCUGUAGGAUGCAUGAGAAACUGCUUAUGUAAAUAUAAAAGCACUGUAUGUAAUCUUAACUCCUGUGGCUGCUUGGAGCUCAUGAUGGGUGAGCUUUUGGUCAGCUUUAAAGGUUAAGCACAGAGCAAACAAUUGUUUGCUAAUGAUCUAGUCGAGAGAGAGCAUGUAAGUAUAUUCCAAUGGAACUCACCUAAGAAGACCACACUUCAGAAAGCGAUUGCAUUUUCUUGUUAUGUGCUGGGUUUUGUUUUACUUUGUUUUGACAUAGCACCUGUAAUGCAAAGAUUCUUGAUAUUAAAACAAUGAAAUCUGUUAUUUACAAUCAUAAAUUUUUCUUAUUGUUCACCCACCUCUUUCCCUGACAUUGUAUUUCCCAGCUAUUUUAAUGGAUUCUAGCAAUUUACAUGGCAUCUUAUGUGGCAGGCACUUUUUCAGAAAGGCUUAGAAAAUAUACCUGGUAGGAGUUUUUUUCAUUUAAAGGUGCCUGUUUACCUGGCUCUCAGGUCAUCUUUGUGGAAAGGGGCUUAAACAGCCUGGAAUAUUCUUUGAGUGGCUUGAAGUAAGGGAAGUUCCAAGUUCUUUCAAUAUGCUAUUUCAUGAUUUCUGAUAUUAAGAAAGAGAAAACAAAACCUUUAUAUUUGUUGUUAACAUUUCCACCAAGAGGGUUUCUGUUGCUUAUUUUUGACUAUAAGAAAAAUCCAUUGUUUAAGUAGAGAAUAUUUUACUCUCUAAUCUAAUUUCAUGUAAAAUACCUGAUCAAUAGUAAUAAUAUGUUUAUUUAAACAGUGAACAUUCAUGAUCCAUCAUUAUGAAAACUGUUAGUGUACUUAGUAGUGAACAAAUAAGAUAAAUUCAAUAUAAUUCCAGUUGUUUGUGGAGAUUAAAUUAAGAUGCAGUUAACAUCCUCAUCCUCCUAUGAAUCCUGAACAUGAUAAUGCUUUUCAAACAAUUCACAUUUUUGGUAGGAUCUUAAUAACUCAGGAUAGGGUUCCAUACCUCAAAUUAGCAAAACAGUAUAGUUAUUAGUGAGGAGACUGCCUAAAGGAUCUAGAAGAUUUUCUCAUCUUUUCUUGUCUAUUUAGAAACAUUGUAAGGAAACUUGGAUAGUCCUCACCAGACCUGCCAUGAUUUUUCAGAUUUGGGCCUCAGUGACAUGCUUCUGUUACGGUUCCUUGCCACCCUUCCUAACUAGGUAUCCAAUCUUAUUCCAUCUUCCCAGAGUUAUUUGCUGGUAAAGGUAGCAUCCUUAAGUUCAUUUGGAGGAGAUAGAGGAGUGUUUUCCCCUGCCUCAAAGAAUAUUUUUUAAUCAGAAGACCCUGAAAGGAGUAUAAAACUUUGGACAACUUAAUUUCUUGGCCAUGUUAAUUAACAGUUCCUAGGCAUUGUUUUUAAUAUCGUGUGCCAUUUGCAUCUUUCUUCUGAAUGCCUUUCUCUCUCCUACCUUCUUCUGCCUCUUUAAUGGAAUAUUUUUAUUGGAGUUGGAACUCCAUGCCUUAUGUGCUCCCUCAGUUUUCUUUUUGCCACUUGUUUACUCUCACUGUUUGUAUGUGUUCAGAUUGUGUCAAAUGCUGGCAAACCUCUAAGAUUGUUAAGAAAAUGCUUAAAAGUUGAUUUGUCAUAGUGCAAAUUCAUAAUAAAAUGUCUUAAUGUUAUUUGGCCAUGUAGUACAUAGGAACAGAAAAAUAAAGUCAUUUUUGUAACUUAAAAU